CAUCAAUCCCUAUUUUCACGUCUCCAUCCAUCUAUCGAUCUAUCGCUUUCGGGCAAACAAACCAUAUCGUCGAUCGAUCGGUUCCUUUCGCCUCGUCGUCGUCGUCGAGUUCCCGCGAAAGGAUCAUCCGUAGUUGGAUGUAGCCCUCCCAAUUGCUGAUGCUUUUCGCUCUCGUUCAACCGAUCGAUGAAGCUCUUUGUCGAGACCCUCGCCGGCAAGAAGAUGACCGUGAAGGUCGACCCGUCCGACACCAUCAAUGUCGUCAAGGCCAAGAUUCAUGAGCAGCAGUGCCUUACCUUUGACGACGAGGAGCUAGACGACAGACGCAGUGUGUCCUACUACCGCAUCCAUGAUGGAUCCACUCUUCGCCUCGGUCUGCGCCCGAGAAGGAAGAUCCAAAUCAUUGUCAAAGGGUUGACUGGAAAGGCCAGUACCCAUUAUUUUGAGGAGCUGGACACCGUCGAUUGUGUCAAGGCCAUGAUCCAGGAGAGAGACGGCAUUCCUGCCGCCGAGCAGAGGCUGAUCUAUGCCGGGAAACAGCUGGAAGAUGGUCGCACCCUGGCGCACUAUGCCAUCCACGACUGGGCCACAUUGCACCUCGUGCUCCGUCUCCGAUCAUGCAGUCAAUGCCCAAGACACACCCACGAAAGCGAGCCAGGUCAAGAUCAGGAUUCCAAUGCAGGCUCCUCCGAUGUUAUCACUGAUGUUUCGCCCGAGGCCAAGCACCCUAAAAGCAAGAUUGCAACUCCCAUUGAUGCUGCUAACUUGAGGAGGAGCUCAAGAUCCAAUAAGUAUGAUGGCUUUAAGGUGAACCUUCAAUCUAACAGUAGAAUCCAGAAGUCCAAGGCGAAGAAGAGAUGCUUUCCCACACCGAUAGGCGCUACCAAAAGCGAGGUCGAAGACGCUGGAUAAUUAAUCUCCAGGAAGAUGCUACUUCCCAGAAAUUUGCUAUUUUAUUACCAGUAUCUUGCUUAUGGGUUAAUUUAUUACUAGAUCUUGCUUAUGGCUUUCUCUUAAGAACUGGAAUAUUUUGU